UUUGUAUUAUUGUUGAUGACACUGUAAACAGAAUACGAUAUAUAUAAUAAUAAUGUUUCGCGAUUAUUCGGUAAACUACUGAUAACGACAGACAUACGUAUUUUUUCUUUUUAUCAUUUAAUUGACGUACUCGGUUCGACGUCGAGCGAGUGAAACGAGUGUAAUGAACGCGGCCAAGUCAGGCCAAGUCCUCGACCGAGCAAUCGCGAUUCAUCAACAGGCCGACCCGAGCGACCCGAAGUGUUGGUCGCGGUUAAACGGAUUAAUCAGGAUUAAUUCAUUUGUGCCACCCGCCGCGGCAAAGCGAAGCCCGCGAGCAAUCAAGUAUAUUCAUUGAAUUAGCUCGGGAGCAGGAAAAACACGCUGUUGCAUCGCGUUAAUUGCAGUCACGAAACACAACGCUUUUUUACAGGCAGAACUGCAAGGUAUAAUACCAAACAAAACAAUAACACUUGCAUGGAUAGAUAUUUAACUGCAGCAAUAGAUUGAAAAAAGAUGCAGUGGCUAGCCUUAGUAAUUUGCCUUUACGCUGGAGUAGCCAGUGCACGUACAGAGGAGGAUCAGCAGACGUCGAGUGCAAGUGGAGUCUCAAAUUCUCUUCCAGAACAGUGUUUUUACAGAUACCCGAUAGACUGUCCGACCUCGGAUUCAAAAUGUCUCUGUAAGAGGAUCACUCUUGCAAAUGUACCUGAGGGCAAUGCUGCGCUUUGCUGUAAUACAGAUCAACAAAGCCUAGAAGAUGGUCUCUCUUGCAUAGGAUUUCAACAUUCAAACAUAAGUUAUGUUCACAUACGUAACGCGACGUUGGAUGUAUUUAAUGUAACUGAAGUUCGUUGGAGGAUGCUGAAAUCUCUGGCCAUAACCGAUGGCAAGAUUAAUCGACUGCUGGGGCAGUUUCUCAUGAUGACGCCUAUACAAUGUUUGAAUCUCUCGAAUAAUGAGUUACGCGAGGUAGAGAAUAAUUCGCUGACGCGUUUGGCGCAACUCACUACGUUGGAUCUGUCUUAUAAUAAACUCACUUACCUUCCAGCUUUAAAUACGAUGAAUGGCCGAGAAUUCUGGUUAGACAUCUCUGGAACAAAUAAACUUUCAUGUCACGAUGUAUAUCAUUAUAUCAAUAAAACUGGCGAAAAGCAAAUCACAUUUAAUCGCGAGAACGAGACAGUGUGUUCCUCCAUGGCAACGUGGCAUUGGUUUAACACCACUGAACAAGUUCCUCUUUCGCAGGUUCUUUAUCUCAGUUUGUUGCAAACAGAAUGUCCGAAAGGUGAUGCCUGGCAAUGUCAUUGUGAUAUUAGAAGACUAGACAUUAUCGAAGGUAAACCACCUACACACGCUGUAAGUGUAGAUUGCAGUGGAAUGCAGUUGAUGGAGCUACCCGAAAAAUUGCCGCAAAACACUAUAGCCCUGAAUAUUUCCUAUAAUAAUAUUACAGUUCUAGAUGAUCUCAGUACUAAUCCAUGUUACGAGGAUCUACGAGAGUUUUAUGCGGAUUAUAAUAAUAUCUCCUCGAUAAAUAAAUUGGAAGGUUCCAAAUUUCUGGAUAAUUAUGCUAUCUUGAGUUUACGGUACAAUAAAAUUAAAGUACUGCCAACAUACAUAUUAAGUCCAAGCGCACAUCAUAAAAACUUUUUGAGUUCGAGAAAUUUGGUCAGAUUAGGAGGCAACAAGUUGCAUUGUGAUUGUAAUACUGCUAAACAUUUAAAGGCAUGGUUACAAACGCGGAUAUUGGACUCCGAUGAAGUAAUGUGCGAAAAUGUAAAGGAAAAAGUUGUAGAUUUAGAGCCAUCGAAGAUGUGUGUGUAUCCGGGAGAUUGGACGGACUAUAUAUAUUAUAUUAUCGCUACCGAGGUGAUACUUUUAAUAGGCUUGAUUGCCAAAGUGUCUUAUGACUAUUGGGUGUUCAAAACGGCAGGAUAUCUUCCAUGGCCAGCGAAUAAAAUGCCAAAAUUGCCAUGCGAUUGGUUGUUUGAAACAUAGACUGUAUAAGUAGGUAUAAUGAGAAUUCCUAACGUGCAAUGAAACUGUACAAUAAAAAUAUACAGUUAGGAUACAUUAAAAGUGCCUUGUAAUGCGUCUGGACAUUUCAAAUGUCCAGCACUUAGACAAUAUUUUCUAGCUCUUCUAGAACUUUAAAGUAAUCUCUGUACAUAUCUUCUGUACAUUUG